AUGUUAAAUCCAGCCACCUUAAAAGCGCUAAUUGUUGCUGACUCCAGCAUUGUAAGACUUUAUUUAAACCUUACAGUAAAGACACCUGAAUUUAAAGUUGUGUGUAGAAUUAUUGACAUUGAUUGCCGUAAUUUAGGAGGUUGUAAGAUGGCAACCUACAUGUUAAUCGCCUUCUUUCUUUUCAUCUCUACAUCAAUUGAGGCUGUCGAUUUGAACCAAAUGUGCAAUGAAAGAACAGAAGGAGAACUACUUGGAAUUUCUCAUUGUUUUUUGUUAUAUUGCUCCAACAACGCGGUGCAAGUAAUGCCGUUAAAGAAUGAAGAAUGGUGCAAGGAAUAUGAAAUUCCAAAAACUGGGCCAAGCUGUAUUGUUGAUGGUGUGAGCUAUAGACAAGGUUCUAUUAUAACUCAGAAGGAAUGCCAACUUGACGCGUGUGUAUUCACCAAGUUUACGUUUCACGAUAAUCGAUGUUAACCCUUAUAUUCUUUUAGAAAAUUUGUUUAUUCCAUGUAUUAAUUGAUACUACCCAACCCGUUUGCACUAAACAUAUUGUUCAUAACAAUAGAAACAAGACCUAAA